GCAUCCCCCGCCGGAGCCGGGCCGCCCGCAGCGGGAGGGGCUCGGCUGCUCCCCGGCUCCGCUCGGCUCGCUCGUGCCCUGGCCCGGCCCCGGCGCGGAGGAGGCUGACGGCGCUCCGGGCUCAUCCCGCCGCUCGCUGCCGCUGCGGCUCCGCUCCCCGCCGGCUCCGGGGGCUCACAGCGCACCAUGGAGGCUCGCGGGUCCCAUCGCUGCCGCCUUGCCUAAGCUGAAGGUAUGUGCCACUCCUGGUGUGGUUUAUAAACCCAGCUUCUGAAAAGGAGGUUCUGUGGCUCAGCAAGUGGCCCUAGCAGGGAUUCUGUCCCUGGGGUGCCCAUCCAAGGGGAGAAGACACUUGCAGGAGCAGCGAAGGGAUGCAAAGUUGUCUUCCAAGAUGACUCUUAUGCCUGGAGAGAAUUCCGACUAUGACUAUAGUGCCCUGAGCUGUACUUCAGAUGCUUCCUUCAACCACACGUUCUUUCCAGAAUCUGAAACCCUCAAGGGAGUGUUUUACCAAAGAGCCAGGCUAAUCCACCCUCAGGAGGAUCUCCUCAAAGGCUUCCACCCCGACGACCGCAAGCGUCACAUCAUUAUCAACGUGGGGGGCAUCAAGUACCUGCUGCCCUGGACCACGCUCGACGAGUUCCCCCUGACACGCCUGGGACAGCUCAAGUUCUGCACUAAUUUUGACGACAUUCUGAACAUCUGUGACGAUUAUGAUGUGACGUGCAAUGAGUUCUUCUUCGACCGCAACCCGGGGGCGUUCAGGACGAUCCUGACCUUCCUGCGGGUCGGCAAACUCCGGCUCCUGCGGGAGAUGUGCGCGCUGUCCUUCCAGGAGGAGCUGCUCUACUGGGGCAUUGAGGAAGACAACUUGGACUGGUGUUGUAAAAGGAGAUACCUGCAAAAAAUGGAGGAGCUCACAGAGAUUAGUGAACGGGAGGAUGACCUCCUAGAAAAUGAAACAACAGGUGAAACAGUAGAGGAGACAAAAAUUGGUUUGUGCAUGAGAAAGUUGCAAGACAUGGUGGAAAGGCCCCAGUCUGGCCUUCCUGGAAAGGUGUUUGCGUGUUUGUCUGUUUUGUUUGUAACUAUUACAGCAGUGAACUUAUCCAUCAGCACCAUGCCUGACCUGAGGGAGGAGGAGGAAAAGGGUGAGUGUUCCCAGAUGUGCUACAAUAUUUUCAUUGUGGAGUCCGUGUGUGUGGCAUGGUUCUCCCUGGAGUUCCUGCUCCGAUUCAUCCAGGCCAGGAGCAAGUUUGCGUUCCUGCGGAGGCCGCUGACGCUGAUAGACAUAAUCGCCAUCCUGCCCUACUACAUCACCCUGCUGGUGGACACGGGCUCCGAGGGCUCCAAGAAGCCCAGCUCGGGCAACAUCUACCUGGACAAGGUGGGGCUGGUGCUGCGGAUCCUGCGGGCGCUGCGCAUCCUGUACGUGAUGCGGCUGGCGCGGCACUCGCUGGGGCUGCAGACGCUGGGGCUGACGGCACGGCGCUGCACGCGCGAGUUCGGGCUGCUGCUGCUCUUCCUGUGCGUGGCCAUCGCGCUCUUCGCGCCCCUGCUCUACGUCAUCGAGAACGAGAUGGCCGACUCGCAGGAGUUCACCAGCAUCCCCGCCUGCUACUGGUGGGCAGUCAUCACCAUGACCACCGUAGGCUACGGGGACAUGGUGCCCAGGAGCAUCCCCGGGCAGGUGGUGGCCCUGAGCAGCAUCCUCAGCGGCAUCCUCCUCAUGGCCUUCCCGGUCACCUCCAUCUUCCACACCUUCUCGCGCUCCUACCUGGAGCUGAAGCAGGAGCAGGAGAGGAUCAUGUACAGGAGAGCGCAGUUCUUACUGAAGGCCAAGUCUCAGAUGAGCAAUGAGUCACAAGGCAGCGAGGUUUUGUUCACCACUCUCUCUUCCGAGACUAGGGACAAUGAGUGAAAUUUACGUUCCUGUUUCUCUUGCUGUCGUUGUAUUAGAUUCUAUCUUUUGAUUCGCUCUGGAAGCACCUUACAAAGGUAAUCCUCAUAUUAAAACGAAGAGAAGGGGCUC